CGCCUCUCGACAGUCGCAGCAAGUCAUCAAGCCUCCUCCGCUAUGGCUACACAGCGACGAUGACCCGCGUCCAAAACGGCCAGGGCAUCGCAUCCCUGUGCCCGAACUGUAUCACAAGAGGUACUCGGAGCAGACCUUCAUUGGCACCCACGAUGCCGCCGCCAUAAGGACGAAAGACAACAACUGGAGCAUCUCCGGAAACCAAUACUUCAACGUAUCAGUCCAACUCGAAGCCGGAGUCCGCCUCAUCCAAGCCCAAGGCCACAGAGACCUCAUCAACAACACCGACGAAAUCCGCCUCUGCCAUUUCAACUGCGCCCUGAUGGACGGCGGCAGUCUCCACGACCAUCUCCGCACAAUCAAAACCUUUCUCGACGCCAACCCUUACGAAGUCGUAACCCUCCUCUUCGUCAACACCGGCCCCCCUCUCUCCCACUGGUUCAAAGCCUACUACGACACAGGCCUAGACGUAAUGUCCUACAUCCCUCCCAUCUACAAACGCUACGGGAACAUGAGAAUUUCAGACUGGCCCACGAUCGCAGAAAUGGUCGCAAGCAACAAACGCCUCGUCACAUUCCUCUCCACCGACGCACACGAGGACAUCGUCCCCUUCCUCCUCCCCGAAUUCGACUACGUUUUCGAAACCGACUUCAUCAACGACGCCCCCGACCAAUACCGCUGUGUCCCGAAUCGUCCCUGGUGGAUUCGAGGUUACAUUCCCGACCGGUUGAGUUUGGUCAAUCAUUUCCUGUACGCGCAGUUUUUGGGCUUUCGGUAUCCCAACGCGACGUUCGCCAAUACCACGAAUUCUGCGGGCUUUCGUGUUGGGGAGUUGGGGGAACAUGCGGUGCGGUGUCGAGGCCUGUAUGAGCGGCGACCGAAUUUUUUCCUGGUGGAUUUUUUUCAGGAGGGGGACGUUUUCGAA